UCAGCCUAUCCCGGCUCGCUCGGCUCGGCUCGGCUCUCCUCGGCUCGGCUCGGCUCAGCUGGGCUCGGCUCCGCUCCCCGCUGUGGGGCGGGGAGGGCGGCCGAAGCCCGGGGGAGGAGAGCCGCAAGGACAUGGGCUGGCUCUGAGCGCCGGGGGAGGGAAGCUGUCGUGCGUGUGCCUCCCUAGAUUUUAAUAACUGCUUGUUGUUGGGUGGUGUGGGUUUGUCUUUUUUUUUUUCCCCUCCCCUCCCCGUUUUCCACACGGCGGAGGGGAGAGCGGCAGCCCCCAGCGCGCCUGCAUGGCUCCUGUCGCCCGGAGCGCCGCUGGGAAAUAGAUCCCGGCUCGGGCCAGGUGACAUCGCCCCGGGCCGCGCUCACACUGGCGGGAGCGGCGGGGGCCAUGGAGGGACCCUCGGGGGACGCGGAACUGCCGCUGCUCACGGUGAAGCACGAGCUGAGGAACGCAAAUUUGACAGGCCAUGCAGAGAAAGUUGGCAUUGAAAACUUUGAGCUCCUGAAAGUUCUUGGAACAGGGGCCUAUGGAAAAGUGUUCCUCGUGAGGAAAGUAAGCGGCCAUGAUGCUGGAAAACUAUAUGCCAUGAAAGUACUGAAGAAAGCAACAAUAGUUCAAAAAGCCAAAACAACUGAGCACACAAGGACAGAACGACAAGUCUUGGAGCACAUUAGGCAAUCACCAUUUUUAGUCACGUUACAUUAUGCCUUCCAGACAGAUACAAAGCUUCAUCUCAUUUUAGACUAUAUAAAUGGAGGAGAAUUGUUUACUCAUCUUUCACACAGAGAGAGAUUCUCAGAAAAUGAGGUGCAAAUUUACAUUGGGGAAAUCGUUUUGGCACUUGAACAUCUCCACAAGUUGGGGAUUAUAUAUCGGGAUAUAAAACUUGAGAAUAUUCUCCUCGAUUCUGAUGGCCAUGUGGUGCUGACAGACUUCGGUCUGAGUAAGGAGUUUCUUACUGAUGAGAAUGAGAGAGCAUAUUCCUUCUGUGGAACAAUAGAAUACAUGGCUCCGGAUAUUGUAAGAGGAGGAGACACAGGACAUGAUAAGGCUGUUGAUUGGUGGAGUGUUGGUGUUCUUAUGUAUGAAUUAUUAACUGGAGCAUCACCAUUUACAGUCGAUGGAGAGAAGAAUUCCCAAGCAGAGAUUUCUAGGAGAAUAUUAAAAAGUGAGCCUCCUUAUCCACAAGAAAUGAGCGCUCUAUCUAAGGAUAUAAUUCAGCGGCUUCUGAUGAAAGACCCCAAGAAGAGGCUAGGUUGUGGUCCCACUGAUGCUAAUGAAAUCAAGCAGCAUCCCUUUUUCCAGAAUAUGAAUUGGGAUGAUUUAGCUGCCAAAAAAAUACCAGCUCCAUUUAAACCAGUAAUCAGAGAUGAAUUGGAUGUCAGUAAUUUUGCAGAAGAGUUUACAGAAAUGGAUCCAACAUAUUCUCCUGCAGCAACCCCUCAGACUUCAGAAAGAAUAUUUCAGGGAUAUUCUUUCGUUGCACCUUCUAUUUUGUUUAAACGCAAUGCAGCUACAGUAGAUCCUCUUCAGUUUUAUAUGGGGGAUGAACGACCUGGAACUACAACUAUUGCCAGAAGUGCUAUGAUGAAGGACUCUCCAUUUUAUCAUCAUUAUGAACUGGAUCUGAAAGAGAAACCAUUGGGAGAAGGAAGUUUUUCCAUUUGUCGAAAGUGCUUACACAAGAAAACUAGCCAAGAGUAUGCAGUAAAAAUAAUUAGCAAAAGAAUGGAAGCCAACACCCAGAGAGAAAUAACAGCCCUGAAACUCUGCGAAGGACAUCCGAAUGUAGUGAAGUUACAUGAAGUUUUUCAUGACCAGCUUCACACAUUUCUAGUAAUGGAAUUGCUGAAGGGUGGAGAAUUGCUUGAGCGUAUUCAGAAAAAGAAACAUUUCAGUGAGACUGAAGCCAGUCACAUUAUGCGCAGACUUGUUUCAGCAGUGAGCCACAUGCACGAUGUAGGAGUAGUCCACAGAGAUCUGAAACCUGAGAAUUUACUAUUUACAGAUGAAAGUGAUAAUUCAGAAAUAAAAAUAAUUGAUUUUGGCUUUGCUCGUUUAAAACCACCUGAUAAUCAGCCUCUGAAGACUCCGUGUUUUACUCUUCAUUAUGCUGCCCCGGAGCUCUUGAAUCACAAUGGUUAUGACGAGUCUUGUGAUCUGUGGAGUUUGGGAGUCAUUUUGUACACAAUGCUAUCAGGACAGGUACCAUUUCAGUCUCAAGACAGAAGUUUAACAUGUACCAGUGCAUUGGAAAUUAUGAAGAAAAUUAAAAAGGGAGAAUUUUCCUUUGAAGGAGAAGCUUGGAAAAAUGUUUCUGAAGAGGCUAAAGAGCUAAUUCGAGGACUUCUAACAGUGGAUCCAAACAAAAGAAUUAAAAUGUCCAGCCUGAGAUACAAUGAAUGGCUUCAGGACGGCAGCCAGCUGUCAUCCAACCCUCUGAUGACACCUGAUAACUUGGGCUCUUCAGGAGCUGCUGUGCACACAUAUGUCAAAGCCACUUUUCAUGCCUUUAACAAGUACAAAAGGGAAGGAUUUUGUCUCCAGAAUGUUGACAAGGCACCUCUUGCAAAAAGAAGGAAAAUGAAAAAAACAAGUACAAGCACAGAGACACGUAGCAGCUCCAGUGAAAGUUCACAUUCUUCUUCCUCUCAUUCUCAUGGUAAAACUACACCUACAAAGACAUUGCAGCCCACAAACCCUGCAGACAGCAAUAACCCGGAAACCAUCUUCCAGUUCUCUGACUGAAAAGUGGAGAAUAUUCUCUCUUGAAGAUUUAAGUGGUUAUAAACUUGGUAGUACCUACUUUUUCUUCUCCCACAAUUCCUCCCUGUGGCUUACAGGCUGCUACAGGAAUGUCUGUUGCUUUAGAAAUGUAUUUCAGUCAUACCUUUUUAGCUUUGUAUUUCAACACAUUUCUUUUUAGCAUUAAGUUUGGUAUCACUGGAUAUGGUAUAAUACUAUUAUACAAACAACAUUCUAUUCUCUUAGGGCUAAAUUACUAGUGUGCAGUCAGGCUCAAGGUAAGGAGCUAUGCUGCUUGUGGUACAGCUUGGAAGAAGACUGUUUCUCAGUGUCAGAAUCUUCCUCCCAGUUUUUUCCCCACUGUUCAAAGAAAGGAAAGCUCUGUAACAUAUAUAGAACUUUUGGAUCUUCUGCUUUUACCCAGCUCUGUGAAGAAUGUUAUAGAAUUUGAUUCUUUGUGCAUGUAAAGAAUCAUUGGUACAAUGCACCAAAGGAGUAUUGUACUUUAAGACCUUUUAAAUUUGUGGUUACAUUCUGUCCCAUUUCUUUGAAUUUUAAGAUCAAAAUGGAGUGUUAUGGAACUCUUAUUUUGUUUUAAAAAGUAACUCACAUAUCUUAUUCUAAACAACUGAGAAUACAAGUCUUAGAUUUUUUUUUUAAUUAAUUUAUUUUUUUAAAUAAAUCUAGGGUAAAGAUGUCUAAUAUGAGAUGUCUAGUACUGUGAUACAAAUUUUUUUGAAGUUAUUAACUUCUGAAAGAUUUUACAGAUUCUAAAAUAUAAUGCUAUAAAAGAAAAUUAAAUUUCAUAUUCAAUGCUUUGGAAAAUGGUCACAUGUUAAAAUACCUAUUUCAAGAAUUAAUUAUAAUUUAUAUUUUCUUUUUAUAUUUACACAAUAACUUUAAAAUACUAAGAUUUUUUUAAAGAUGCAAAAGCACCAGUUUCAACAUCUGUUAUUUUAGGGUCCAUACAAAACGUAUACCAAGUUAUUUGAAUUUUGCAUUGUGCAAAUACGGCAGUUUAAUAGUAACUGUAAAAUAUUAGAAUAUAUGUUUUAUUUUUUGCACUUUAUAACAUCUAAAGGAGAUGUUUUAGGAUAAAGUGCACUCAGAUCUCUCUUCCUACAAGGGUGCUGAGCACUGUUUUACUGGGUUGAAUGACCUGAAAUCCACCAUACUUGGUGGUUAUGGUCAUUGUGAAGGAGAAUUCUGUACUUUGCAGGAGUGAAUCCCUGUAUAUUACCUACUGUUUUCAUUCCUUACUUUAAAAUGCAAAGCUAUUUCUAUCUUGCUUUUACAUUGUAUAUAACAAAUACUAGACCUGGGCACCUUGUGUAGUGUAGAUGUUAACAACUUAUGCACUGGGAAUACUAAAGGGAAAUUAUAUUGAACACUGUGCUUCACAACUUGUUCACUGUGGUGUACUACAGUGAAGUAUUUCCUACUGUGAUAGUAUAGUAUGUACAUAACUGUUUGGAAUCAUAAAUGUCACUUACAGAAACAUCAGCAUAAACUUUUAAAUCAGUAUAUUUUAUAAAUUUAUGGAGAGCUCUUUUAUAGCUUGUAUUCUCAAUGACUAGAGGUAACUUAAGUGCUAAAGAGGACUUCAGUUUUGCAAAUGCUUACAUGUGUAAGUCUCCACUGAAGUCAGAGGGGCUCCUUGUCAUAUGCCUAAAUUUCUGUGAUGGAAGACUAAUUGAGUAGAGGAUUUUGUUAACAGCUGGCUCUAUCUUAAAGUAACCUUAAUCCAAACCCUAUGCAAAAAAAUAAGGUUAUAGGAAUUGUUUAUAUCAGUGGUUUUAUUUAUAGAAUUGUAUCAGAUAUCAGUAUUGACAAAUACAAUACAUCCAUGUUUACAGGGAUUGUGUGUAUCAAAACAAGGCUUUGAAGCCCAACAUGUUUGUUCUGUGUUUCUUUAAUAUUAAUAAUGGCAUUCUGAGGUUUUGGAAUUGCUCAUGUGAAAUAGUUUACUACUUUCUUGAUGUGAAUGUCAACAGUAAUUGCAGCAUUAAUUUCAGGUUGAUGUGAAUAUUGAGAUUUGCACUGUUUAUGUAGAAGUAGUAUAUUUAAAGAUCAGUAUAUGUGCUAAUAACACAACCAGUUUUAAAUGGCCGAUGUUAAAGUAUUGAAAAAUAAUUGUCAAUGUAAUAUAUUCAGGUUUGCUUUCUGAAUGCUCUCUUUGGAAGUAAUCUCAAUAGUGAACAUGGCUCAUUUGUAAAAGAAUACUUCCCCUCUCCCCAAUAAACUUGCUGUAAAUACAACAAACAACCCACCAUUAAUGCUUGUUAUGCAAACAGCACAGGUGAAUCGAGAGAUUGGCAAACAGGUUGCUUGUAAAGUUUGCACUUGGAGGAGUUCUUGGAAUUUGUUUUCUUCAGAGUGAUGAUGACAAAAAGCUAUCUUGGUUUUAUUUCAUUUAAAUAUAGGAAACUUUUGGAUACCAAGUGGAUUUGUAAUAUUGUGACACAGAAGUCCAGUAUUGCAUCAGAAUGGAUCGAGCCUUCAGAGUGGCUCAGCCCUUUUCCAUGGCUACUUUUCUGAACCAGAUAAUGAUCCCUGCACAGCUGUGAUUCUCUGUCAUCUGAGAACAGAAUAAUUCCUGGCAGAAAAUAUUCAUAGAAUGAUGAUACAUGUUUAUUGGUUGUAAUGAAGUGUUGCACAAGCUACUUAUAUUUUUAAUAUAAACAUGUAAUAUAUGCAUGCAUGUACACACAUGCUGUAUUGCAUGUCUGAGUCUCAAUUUAAAGUAAUAUGCUUUGUUUGAGAGAACUUGUAUUUAAAAAUGAGUUCUGGACUCACACAGAGUUGGAAGGCCAGACAGCGAGGCUACCACAGAAGAGGAAGAAUGUUAUGGAAAAUCAGAGGUGAGAAGCUUCUGGAAAGAUUUUUCAGGAGUAAAUUUCUGCCCUGGCUAUCUCCAUGUGCGUGUAAUAAUCACUGACACUGAAUUGCAAGUUUUAUUGCCAGUUGUCCAGCAUAAACACAUUUCCUAAGUCUGCAGUCACUGAGUAUGUGUGCGUCCACACAAGUGUAUACGUUUAUAACAUUAGGUCAUCGUACUGAAUUCUUUUGUUAUUUCUCAAGUAUCAGUCCAGGUAUUUUUACUAAGUUGGUGGUCUUCAUUCUUUGCCCCAUAAAUGACAGUCUUUCUUUCUCAGCAUCCAGUUUUUUACAUUGGAAAACAUGACAUUGCCUUCCUUCAGUUGAGAUAGUUGAUGGAAUAUUCUGGAUUGAAAGAACAAAACAUAUCUGUUUCUGCUGUAAA